AUGCAGCGUCUCACGAAGACCCGGCAGCCGACAGCCACCAAUGCCCCGCUGGCCUCCUCUUCUACCGCCGCCGGUGCCACUGUGCCUACUCUGUCAACGCUGAAUGGUACCAGCGACGUGACUAAUUCUAAGCCGGCAGCCCUGCCUCAAUCGGCUGCGUUCCUGCACUCCGCGCACGCCACCGUGCAUAUUCCGACCACGUUCAACGCUGUGAGCAAAGCUGAGGGCUCUGACUCGAUCGCCGCGUCGCAGUCGCCGUUCGUCGCCUCAUUGUCUCCUACGACCAAGCUCCUCGCUGUCAGCGACGCCAAGAGUCUUGGACCACUAAACGUGUCGCAGCCAGCAGCGUUCACCGUCGCCGCCGCGGAUGCCGCCGCGUCUAUUCCGGCCUCAUUGGCGCCUGUUGUAAAGAGCUGCAAUCAGACAUCAGAAUCGCAGCUGAACGCGCUUGUUGCAGCCGCUCCCACCGGAUCCACCAAUUCUGCCGUGCUGGAGAGUGCAAACUCUAUGCCCGCCGAUGUCAUUCCCAAUGUUUCGACAUCUGUUUCUGUCGCCCCUACCUCCUUGAACACCGUGUAA